AUGGUUAGGGAAGAUAGAACCACCUGGAAGGCUAACUAUUUCUUGAAGCUGGUCGAGCUGUUUGAUGAAUAUCCAAAAUGCUUCCUCGUAGGAGUUGACAACGUUGGUUCGAAGCAGAUGCAAGAAAUCCGACAGGCCAUGAGAGGUCAUGCGGUCAUCCUUAUGGGAAAGAACACUAUGAUUCGUAAGGCGAUUCGUGGGCAUCUGUCGAAGAAUCCUGCUCUCGAGAAGCUGCUACCUUACAUCAACGUCGGUUUUGUUUUCACUAAGGAAGACCUGGGAGAAAUUCGCGCCAAGUUGCUAGAGAACAGAAGAGGUGCUCCUGCUAAGGCUGGUGCGAUUGCUCCUUGCGAUGUGAAGCUGCCUCCCCAGAACACUGGUAUGGGACCCGAGAAGACUUCGUUCUUCCAGGCUCUACAGAUCCCCACCAAGAUUGCCAGGGGUACCAUCGAGAUUUUGAAUGAGGUGCAUUUGAUCAAAGAAGGCGAGAAGGUCGGAGCUUCUGAAGCCGCUUUGCUUAACAUGCUUGGCGUGACACCAUUCUCGUACGGUCUCGUUGUACUGCAAGUGUACGAUAACGGUACCAUCUACUCGCCGGAGGUACUUGACAUGACCACCGAUGAAUUGCGCAUGCGUUUCCUGGCUGGAGUCCGCAAUGUUGCAGCUGUCUCACUUGCCAUCAAGUACCCGACAAUGGUGUCCGUCGCUCAUUCUUUGGCCAGAGGAAUGCAGAACAUGCUUGGCAUUGCGGCAGCCACCGACGUCACUUUCAAAGAGGCCGAACAGCUCAAGGAGUACCUGGCUGAUCCAAGCAAGUUCGUCGCUGCUGCCGCACCCGCUGCCAGCUCUGCUGCUCCAGCCGCUGCUGCUGCUGAAACGAAGAAGGAGGAGGUCAAAGAGGAGUCGGAGGACGAAGACCUUGGCUUUGGAUUGAAAAGGUUUAGACCAGAUCUACUUUCUAAAACGGCCAUGCUGAUUUUCAAGGACGUAUUCACUGAUGAUGAGCUGUCUUCUGACUCAUUUCCCAUGAAACUUGUGGAUGACUUGAUCUACGAGUUCAAGGGAAGGCAUGUUAUCCGCAAGGAGGGAGAGAUUAUGCUUCCUGGGGCUAAUCCAUCGGCUGAAGGAGAAGAAGGUGAAGAAGGAUCAGAAGAGCAUGUAGAGCGAGGCAUUGAUAUCGUUUUAAAUCACAAACUUGUUGAGAUGAAUUGCUACGAAGAUCCAGCCACGUUCAAAUCAUACGUCAAGUCUUUUAUGAAGAAAGUUGUUGAGUACAUGGAGAAGAACGGCAAGUCAAAGGAUGAGGUAGACACCUUUAAAAAGAAGAUCCAAGUUUGGGUGAUGUCUCUGCUUGAUAAGAAGCGUUGGAAGUCGCUCCAGUUCUUCAUUGGUGAGCGCAUGGCUGAGGGAGCCGGUGACGGUCAAGUAGCCAUCAUCGAAUACCGUGAUGUCGAUGGCGAGGAGGUACCGACCCUCAUGCUGAUUAAGGAGGCAAUCACUUCCGAAAAGAUCUAA